AAUUUAUAAAAAAAUCUAGGGUCUGCUAGGGCUAUAUCGAUUCAAAUCAAACAUUUGUCAUGGCAGACAAUCCUAGUAGCGAUGCACUGUCGGAUGCUGAUAGGUUGAAAGAGGACGAGCUAGCCCGAGAGCUGGAGCACAGUGACACAGAUGAAGAAAAUUCUCAAGAAAUAUCUCUAGAAAUAGAGGAGAAGCUACUUAAAGAUGAACCUGAAUAUACAACAUUAGUGAACUAUGAAGAGAGCAUACAAAGUACAAAUAAACCAGACAAUGAAAUCGUUGAGACAUAUUCUGAAAACUCACAAAGUGUGGAAACUAUCCACCGAGCCGAUGAGCUGGGUAACAUCUACCUGGACAGCUCGGAAACCUACAUAAACCCACAGGUUGAUGAUAGUAUAACAGAUACCACUGAGAAUUAUGAUUCCUACAUGUCCGAAUACAGAUUUGAUAAUGAAAAUCAAACAAUUGAUAACACCACAUUGGAAACAAGUGAAGCGAGGAAUGAAACAAGUGAACAAGAUGAGUUAAAAGAUAGUAUAGUGUUGCCAGAUAUGAAUGAUUUCCCGCCAAGUGAAGGCAAUUAUGACUCGCAAACGGCUGAAGAUAUGCUUAUGAGUGAGCGAGAAAGGGAGAGGAAAAGCAAGAAGGAGUUAGAGGAAGAAGAAAGAGAAAAGAUGCAAGUACUAGUCUCAAACUUUACUGAAGAGCAACUGGACCGAUAUGAGAUGUACAGAAGAGCUGCGUUCCCUAAAGCUGCAGUGAAGCGCCUGAUGCAGACCAUCACGGGCUGUUCCGUUGGCCAGAAUGUUGUCAUUGCUAUGUCUGGUAUAGCAAAAGUAUUUGUAGGAGAGGUGGUUGAAGAAGCCCUGGAAGUAUUGGAGACGUCUGGAGAAUCAGGCCCGCUGCAGCCCAAGCACCUGCGGGAGGCGCUGCGCCGCCUGCGCAUGAGGGGAGUCAUUCCCUCGCGGAAGGUACACCGGAGUAUGUUCAGGUCGUAACUUAUAAUAUUCUUGUAUAUUCACUCCUAA